AUGUCUUUCGAUAAAGUGCACCAGGAGACUCACGGACGUCUGUCCAAGGCCGUCGACGACGUGUGCGAAGAGUUUGUGCUUUCCCCGGAAAAAAUGCACGAGCUGACCAACUUCUUUAUUGAAAGCAUGGAAAAGGGUUUAGGGCAAGCCAAGGAGGACGCAGACUACCGUGGAUUGCCAAUGAUCCCAACGUACGUGACAGGGCUUCCCAACGGUACAGAAAGCGGAAUGUUGCUCGCCGCAGAUUUGGGGGGCACCAAUUUCAGAGUGUGUUCAGUGGAGUUAAAGGGAAACCACAAGUUUUCGCUGCUGCAGAUGAAAAGUAAAAUUCCGGAAGAACUGCUGGAAGACGAGAGUGUGACAAGUGACGCACUGUUCACUUACCUGGCCCGCAGAACACUGGCGUUCAUCAACAAAUACCAUCCAGAAUACCUGCAAAACGGCGAGAAGCUCAAACUGGGGUUCACGUUUUCGUACCCAGUUAACCAGACUUCGCUGUCUUCCGGUACGCUAAUACGUUGGACCAAGGGUUUCAAAAUCAAGGACACGUUGGGCAAAGACGUGGUGAAACUGUACCAGAAACAUUUGGACGAUCAGGGCAUGUCAAUGAUCCGUGUUGUGGCUUUGGCCAACGACACCGUGGGCACCUUUUUGUCGCACUGCUACUGCUCCGAAAAUAACGGUUCGCUCACGUCUGGUGAAAUCGUCGAGCCCGUGAUGGGCUGCAUUUUUGGUACCGGCACCAACGGAGCCUACCUGGAGAAAAUCGAAAACGUAAAAAAACUGCCCGAAGAGUUGCGUGCAGAGCUUUUGCAAUCCGGGAAAACGCACAUGGUCAUCAAUACCGAGUGGGGUUCCUUUGACAACGACCUCAAGCACCUGCCCACAACACGCUACGAUAUCGACAUUGACCAGAAAUUCUCGAGCAACCCUGGGUUCCAUUUGUUCGAAAAACGGGUCUCUGGUAUGUUUUUGGGCGAAAUUCUCAGAAAUGUGCUUCUGGACUUGUUCAGAAGAGGGCUUAUUUUUGGCCAAUACUCUUCGGAAGACCACCUCCCGCACAGAUUGACCACUCCGUUCGAACUGUCGUCUGAAGUGUUGUCGCACAUCGAAAUUGAUGAUUCCUCGCAGUUGCGGGAGACCGAGCUGUCGAUCUUGCAGAGCCUGCGGUUGCCAACGACGUACGAUGAGCGGAUUGAAAUUCAAAAGUUGGUGCGUGCCAUUUCCCGUCGUUCUGCCUACCUUGCUGCUGUUCCUAUUGCCGCGAUCUUGACAAAGACGGGUGUAUUGAACAAGCGUUACCACGGAGAAGUGGAGAUCGGGUGCGACGGCUCCGUUGUCGAGUACUACCCAGGAUUCCGGUCCAUGAUCCGCCAUGCUUUAGCCUUGAGUCCUAUAGGACCAGAAGGCGAACGUAAGACCCACUUGUGCAUCGCAAAAGACGGUUCGGGAGUUGGUGCUGCUCUGUGUGCUCUAGUUGCUUGA